GUUCAGAGAUAUAUAGUUUAUAACCACUUUCUCAUUUACAAAAGAAAAAAAGUGUUAACACCUCUUCCAACCUCACAUCCAACCAAAUCCUCUUUUCCCCAGAACAAACCAAAAAAAGGAGCAUUAUCAUAAGACCUCACCAUGUCCUCCUCUUCCACCCCCCUCUCAACCCUCAAACCCAUCUACCCCCCACCAUCCAGCACACCCAUCGAUCCCACCACCCAACCCGAACAACAACCCUCCAUCCUCUCAACCAUCACCACACUCAACCUCACCCCUCACAUCGAAGGCGGCUACUUCACCGAAACUGACCGCUCACCACUCAACAUCCCGAACCCAUUCCUAUCCGAUCCCAACCUCUCCUACGCCGCCCCUUCAAACGCGACAACCCGUCUCGCCCCAGGUCAAGAUAACACAACUCGCUCCGCGAGCACGACGAUUUAUUACUACUUGACGCCCGGGACGCCUCUGGGUGCGUUUCAUCGGAAUCGGGGCCGGACGGUGCAUACUCUUCACUGGGGAAGGGGAAGGUAUGUGUUGAUUCACGCGGAUGAGGUGAUGAGUCCAGAGGGGAAGGUGGUGGAGGGGAAGAAAGCGAGGAUCGAGACGUUUGUUGUCGGGAAGGAUAUUCAGAAGGGGGAGAAAGUGCAGUGGAUCGUGGAAGGGGGGAAGUAUAAAGCGAGUUAUCUUCUGCCGGAUCAGGAGGGGGAUGGGGAGAAGAGGACGGAGGGGUUGUUGAUUAGUGAGACUGUCGUUCCGGGGUUCGAGUUCGCUGAUCAUGAUUUUAUGCUUCCGGAGACGAUGGAGGAGCUAUUGACUCCUGAGCAGGUUGAGGAGCUGAAAUGGAUGCUGAGAAAGGGUGUUUAGGAGAAUGGUUGAAUCUAGAUAGAUGGUUCAACAAAUCAGCACACAGCAAGCCCAUACUUCUAAAACCAGGCUCUAUUUCAUUCAUACGCAAUGUACAUGGCUUAAUAUACAAUCCCACAACUCCCCCGCCUAUUUCUCC